GAACCCUGCUUUUAACCACCCAGUUUGUCAUGGGUUUCCCUCACCAGCAAUCCCAUGUAACUUGGUAAAACAAGAGCUAGGGCUUUAUGGGUGCAGUGUAUUUGCAAACCAGACAAAGUGAUUGCAGGUCAUCAAAGCAAGUAUUCUGAACAUCCUCAUACAAAGGCACAAAAAGUCACUGCAUAACAACACACAGAAUCAGAAAUGCCCUUGGUAUGUCACAGCCAAGUGUUGGGCUCAUUAUCUACAGCGGCCGUGUACCAGUGCAGCUGUUGGCAGAGCACAGAGGUGGAGCUGAACACAGGGCUGCCACAGGGGUGUGGAUGUGCCAUCCCAAGCGAGUGCUGGAGUCUGAAUGAUUUAGCAGAAAGAUCUGUGCUUCUGCUCUGCACUUCCCCUCCUAGAAGUGGAUGGAUGCAGGGUCAAGGCAACGUGUCAAAAGCAGCUAUUGAAGUGUCAGAGCGAGACUUGGUAAAUGAAAACUACAAAAUCUACCUGCCUGGAUGCAAAUAUCACCUCCAUCUAAUACAGUGAGUGAUCUCUCUAACUGAGUAGGUAUUUAUUCAGCUCAAUGUCCUGCAGUUACGGCUGUCUAGGUGCAAUGUGCACAGAUUUUAUAAAUAUGGGCAAAUGUGGAGAUAGUGCUCUUCUGCUGGAGUUAUUUGCAGAGCAAUCAUGUCCUUCGCCUCCUCUGUGCCUGAUGGUAACUUUAAAUAACAGUGACUUGCAGCUCUGCAUGGAUUAAAACCAUCUGCAAACACCUCUGUUGGUCUGUAAAUACUGAACACCAUACACCUCCAAACUAACUCUACAACAUUGCGAAGCGUGCAGUGGGAAGGGAUAGCAUUCCUGCCAUGACAGACGCACUGCAGGGCAACUGCCUGCAGAUAUCAUCCCCUGGAGCCCUGCUAACCAUCCGCAGCCCCACAGUGAGGUACCCCCGGUGCAGGAGCCGUGCCACCUGCUGAUACUGAAGGUGAGCGGUCCCAGCCCCGCACUGUCAGCCCCACAAACACAGAGCAACCACCGGGCUGCUGCUACCAUUGGCUCGGUGGAGAGUUCUUAAUCCUCAAGGAAAGGUCACAGCUUUGGUACCGAGCAGCCACAGCUUGGUGGGAAAGGUGAGAAGGGUGGGAAGAAAACCCAGCAGCAGCACAAGAGCUGCAGAGGCUCUGCGAGCUGCGGGGCACAGCACCGGGCUGCUCUGUACCUGGGUGAGCAGCAUGGCCCCCCACGUCCAGCAGCAGCCAUCACAGGCACACCGCUCCCACCAGACAGGCACAGGGCGGGGGACGUGUGGUGCCCCCAGAUGGAAGGGGACCGGGCCCUGCCAAGGCAACAAGGGGCCCUGUUGUGUCACGGCUUCCGCACCAGCCCGGGCAGACCCUCACAGCACAGUGCUGCACCAUGGGGACUGGACACAGGAAGGCAGGGUGCUACUGCUGUGGUUCUCGAGUGCGCUCCCCACUGUCUCUCCCUGUGGGCAAACACCGUGCCAGGGGAACGUGGCCAUGGAAAGUCUUCUGGGACACUGGCUGGGGGGGCCCUAUGUUGCCACCUUUCACUGCCGCAGUGAGAGCCGCCGUCUGGAACACCGUGGCUGCCCAUGUUCGCCAGCAGCUCCUGCAGCGCAAGGGCAUCCGCAUCCCCACCCUUGGCUCCUUUGACACCAUCCUCGAGCGGGUGCAGGUUGGAGAUGGCCACCUGGCUGUGCAGAGACCUGUCUUCCACCUGGCCAGGAACCUCGCUGAAAGUCACCACCUGACGGAUGACAAGGCAUACGUGCCAGGCGACAAAGUACUGCAGCCCCUGCGGUACACUCAGAUAGCCGCAGCCACCUUCGUGUCUCCAAAAAGAGUGGUGGGGUGUAUCCAGGCCACCAUGUCCCUCUUCUCUCGCUGCAUCGCGCAGGGAAGGAACGUCGCACUCAUCCUGAGGGACAUUGGUAUGCUCCUCAUCGAAGGUGCCCAAGUGCAAAUGAAAUACUACUGUGACUUCCUGGAAGUGAUGGCAGGGGAAGACACCCUGAAAGAAGCUCUGUUGAGAGUCCCAGGGGUGCCGAGCUCAGCGAUCCCUCACUCAGCAGCUCCUGCUUCCCUGACACGCUCGGGCUGCGUCAUCAUCUUUCCAGAGUUUGAACUGCAGUGUGUUCAUCACAUGGCACUUGGGGACACAAGGAAACCCAUGAAAGGCAGGCAAAAGAAGGCAGCACGGGACAAGGACGGGUGUGCCAGGAAGCAAGGCCAGAGGCCUGAAGGGAAGAACCCUCAAGCAGCAGAGCCUCCUCCAGCUCAGCAUGGCGCAGCCAGGAGCACAGUCCCAGGGGGCAUUGCUGGCCGCCAGGCCCCCAGGCUGAAAGGUGCCUCCCUGGCCAUGAGGGCCUUCCUGCAGCCAGGCACCCAGAGCCUGGGAUGAAGGCAGUGACAGGAUGAGGUGAUGCCAGCAGGCAGGUGGGAUGCUCAGCCCUGUGCCCGUGCCAGCUGCUGCUCUCACAGUGGGGCUGGGGUCACUGGCAUGCUGCUGUUGGCUGUGUGAUGGCACGUGUGUGCAGGUCGGCUUCUUAGCUCUCUGCUAUGAAAUAAAAAUAUGCCUUUGCACCA